CGUUGCAAAGAUGGUGAUCUACAGUGUUUAUGUGGUGAACAAGGCUGGAGGUUUAAUUUACCAAUAUGAUAACUACGUCCCGAGAGCGGAGGCCGAGAAGACAUUCAGCUACCCGUUAGAUUUAGUGCUGAAGCACCACGAUGAAAAGGUCGUCGUGUCGUUUGGACAGCGGGACGGAAUCAGAGUGGGCCACGCAGUGCUGUCCAUCAACGGAGUCGAUGUGGUGGGCAAGAACACAGCAGAGGGGAAGGACACCCUUGAAUAUUUAAAUGAUCCCGCAAACUACCCGGUGUCUAUUCGCUUUGGUCGGGCACGCCUGAGCUCCAACGAGAAGCUGAUGCUGGCAUCCAUGUUCCACUCGUUGUUUGCUAUAGGUUCACAGCUGUCUCCUGAUGUUGGCAGUUCAGGGAUUGAGAUGCUAGAAACGGAUGUUUUCAAACUCCACUGCUUCCAGACUCUCACAGGUAUAAAGUUCAUCGUGCUGGCGGAUCCUCGACAAUCCGGUAUUGAUGCGCUGUUGAGGAAGAUCUAUGAGAUCUAUUCAGAUUUUGCACUCAAGAACCCGUUUUAUUCUCUGGAAAUGCCAAUCAGGUGUGAACUCUUUGACCAGAAUCUGAAAGGUUCACUGGAGAUCGCAGAGAAAGCUGGCAACUUUGGAGCCGGAUCGUGAACCAGAGAAGACUAGAUAGAAUGUGAUAUGAUAUCUAACCACAACAGACUCACUGACUUCAUAUGAAGGUGGUUAAAAGCGGGGGGGGGGGAAACAAAUGGAUUUUCUUUGUUUCUUUUUCCAAGUUGGUAUCGGGACUGUCGGUCAACAAAUUGUAAAUACAUUUUGUUUUGUAAAUACUUGAAGAUUAAUUACAUACUGUUUCACAUGUUUGUUUUUGGCUGCAUUUAUAUGGACUUGAGUGAUUUAACUGUAGUGAGCUGAGCAUUGAGCAUAAACUAUGAAACCUAACAACAAAGUGUCAUUUAUUCAAGCCAUUGAAGAACACACGUUUAGUUUUCUACAAAAAAAGAUGUUUAAUUCUUGUAAUUCCAUUCAUGAUUCAAUAUUACAAAGUAGUUUUAUUUAAAAACAGAUACUGUAUAAAAUACCAGUUUAAAGUUUUGUGCUCUUUUAAUUGAAAUACAAAAGUGUCUUAAAGAGAGGAAACCGUUCUCUGGAUGUGUUUUUGCCACAUUCCCAUUAUAUGGCAAACAAUGUGUAGUCAUUUACAUUUUGUUAUUGAUCUCAUGAGUAUUAAUACUGUAGAAAAGCACUUUUCUUUUUUCAAGAAAAGGCACUCAACGUCUCAGGGCUUAGCUUACGUCCUGUAAGACAAAGUACUAUGGUAAAAAAAAAAAUCAAGUUACAAAAAUAUUAAAAUACAUUGAUGGCUUAAAGUAUCCAGUUUUCUUCUGGGUGUAAAAAUGUUUUAGUCGGCCUUCUUGGACACGUGACCCAUCUUGGUGCGGAUGUUGCGCAGUAGGAAGAAUCCAACCGUGGCGACGCCACAGGUGAUCUCUGCUACCCAGAAGGCCAUUUCCCAGCCGUGGUGCUUGGCAAUAGUGCUGAAUGGAAGUCCAGACAGGAAGCCACCAACUGAGGGGAGACAAGUUUACUCCCAAGGAUUAGAGAAUAUACAAAGUAUGUCUUACAGUAUAUAAACUAAACCAAGUAAACAGUAUCACUGAGGAACUAUUUGUAAAGUAUCAUUAGUGUUACGGCGGUUAGUAACAGCUGUACGUCGGGCUCCAUAUGUGCACCACUCAACUUACCGUUAGCCAUGAGGGCAACAAUGGCAUGUGAUGUCCCACAGUAGUUGGAGGGGGCGCUCUCAUUGGCUAUAACUCCGAAUAACGCUAUUGGUCCAUAAGACGAGAAACCGAAAGCAGCACCCAAGCAGAGUAUCCACACCUGGACGUACAAAUGAGAGGCACAGUCGUGAUGUUUACAGGCUUUUAAUAAUCUCUUCAUUAUUAACUUUUGUCGAAUGGGAUGUCUGCGUUCGAACAGAUACCUUUGAGCUGUCGGGAGUAACUGUGACUCUGAACAGGAACAUGGACACCGACAUU